AUGUUAGAGUUAAUUGUGAGCCAUAUUCCACAUUUGUUUGCUAUUGGCGUGGUUGUCAUUGCAUCUUUCGUCGCACAUGCCAAUUACCGCCAGUCCAAGCUCCAUGCCCACCGCGUGGAAACUCUCUACAACGAGGUUUUGAGAAACCUCAAAAGACAAGCCAGGCAGGCUCGUGACUCCAACAUGCCUGCUUAUAUUGGAUCUAUACAACUCCGGGACCUUAUUCUUAACGAAGAAAGAAACUUGGCCCGCAAAAUGAGACUCUGGGAGGCGGUCAGCCGGCGUGUGGAUCGUAACACAAACGUCAAGGCAUCAUUAAUUGAAAUCCAUGGGAUGUCAUGA